AUGCCUCGUCGAACUUCAAAACAAAAUCGUAGUGGUACUAAUAAAAAUAGUACAGGCACAGAAUCCCUUCGUCUUGCUAUCAAAGAUUUUAGUGUUUAUGAUUAUUCACGUUCAUCGAAAGAUUCACCUCGAAAUAGUUUACGUACGGCAACUAAAUUAACUCGUGAAUGUCGAACUUUAAUGGAUGAACAAGAUUGGUAUGAAAAAGAUUUAAGUGAUUUUUAUGAUCCACAAUUAUCUGAUGAAGAAAAUGAAGUUCAACAGGAAAAUAUUCGAUCAAAACAAAAGCAAAGUACAAAAAAAGAACGAUCGGCAAUGGAAAAUACUCAUAAUAGAAAAGAAUAUCCUCUUGAUCUAUGGUUUAUCAUUGCGAUGUAUAUUGCACCGGAAGAUAUUGGUAAAUUUUCGCUUAUUUGUCGAGCAUCCAACCAUGUUGUUAAUACUGUUUAUUUUUGGAUGCGUUUAUUUCGAAAGCAUAAUAAAACAGAAGCAAAUAAAAUCGGUCGAAUACUUGUACAUGAACAUCUAUCAAUAAUUCGUACAUAUGUUAUUAAAUCAUUAUAUCAAGUCUAUCCAUUAUUUCAAAAUCGUUUAGAUAAAACUGAUGUUAUACAAAAAGAUCCACAUUUUCUUCGUCUAUCACGCUGUGUACGUAUAUGGUAUUCAAAAGGAUCACAAGCAACAUCACAACGUGAUGCAUAUAACUAUUACUUUGAAUUUCGUUUCGAUAAUAAAAAAUCUACAAAACAACAAGAAAUUCACAUUGAAACUUUGUCACCAUUUAUAAAAACCAAUAAUCAAUAUAUUAUUGAUAAAAAUUCAUGUAUUUUACAUCUGAUUUGCUCAAAUUUUGUUCCCAUUGGGCCAUAUAUGGGAAUGAUACUAUCACAAAUUACACUUAAUAUUAGUAGUGAUUAUCGAUAUCAUAAAUUGAAAAUGUGGUUUGAUUCAUCCAGACUAUGUUUACAAACAUCAAAAAAAUAUAAUGAUUCAGUGGUUAUUAUUGAUCCAAUUCUAUGUUUACGAGUUUAUAAUUGGUACAAUAGUCCAGCCAGUUUUGAUUAA